AUGGGUCCCUCCGAACCUGAACCUGAGCCCUACGGCUUAUGCAGCCUGGGGACAAUCGAAGCCAGGAUUGCUCAGAUUCUCGAAACGGCCAACGUCCCCAGCAUUCUCUGGGGCGAUGCUGUGUUCGGCCUGUUCGGACAGGAGUUACCGAUGACCUGUUCCGAGUGGGUGAUUCCAGACGAGGGGUUCAAUCUGGCCGUGGAAGCCCUCGUGAAUAAUGUCCACGUAGAACUAUGCUGGCGAGCUCCAACGCCUGGCACCGAGGUCGCCGCCGAUGGCCACCAGCUCCAAUGCCCGUGGCAGCCGCCCGACGGGAUGAACUGUCGCCCGCAGCCGGAUGCCCAUCUGAUCGCCCUGGACGCCUACAUCAACCUCUACCGACACUCGCGACUACUCUGGUGGGUCCCCACCCGUCUUGCGAUGGGGGACAAGGCGCUUGACAAUGCGAACCAGUUCUACAUGUCCACGUCCGACGAGCGGCUCCCGGCGCCCGAGACCACGCGCCACCGGGGCGGCCCCGGCCGCGGCCCGAUGGAUCUAGCAGUGACGGGCUUUCCGGUGCGGAUGCUGGCGCCGGACACCUACGCGGCGGCGCUCGUUUUCUUAGCUGUGCGUGACACCGGCCACGAUGUGGAGCAGCACUGGCAUGGCGAGAUGAAGAAGAUGGCCGCCGCCGUCGCGGGCUUUCCGCUCUUCCGGCCGGACUACCUGCCGCCCCGAUUUAUCGACGACUACUUCUUCCACCGCGAGCAGAGCUAUGUCACGAUGCGCUCCUUUAUCUACUCUUGGCAGCGCACCCCUGACCAGAUGCCUCGGCUGAGGGGUUUCAGAUGA